UAGACGACAUGAGUUUAAUUAAAAUCAGGCCCACUAAAAACAAACAACUGAACAGCUUUUAAUCUAAGAUAAAUCAACGUUUCAACAUGAAAACAGUGCAUAAGUGUUUGUUCAUUAAAUAAAAAAAGUCGACAUGAGUUGCAGUAAAAAUAAAAUUAUGAUUUUUAUAUUAUUUGCGUUAGCGUUGUGUUUUAUAUGUGAUUCCAAAGCUUUCCAACAAAAUAAAACCGCGCACCAUAUACGAAGAGCAUAUGUAGACAACAGCUUUUUCAAAAGUCAAAAGCUUCCUACAUAUCGCUCUUUUCAACCAGUGUCGGUUGAUUUUCACAAAGUAACGUAUCCAAAAGUUGAAGAUCGGACGGACUAUGACAUUAAUUCAUACGAUACGGAGUACGGUGGAGUCGUUGCAAACUUUACGUCUUCUAUUUAUGAUGACAAUCCACCACUCUAUCCGAAUCCUGAGUUAAUAGCCAAGAAUAAUCAAGCUCAAGUAAUCCCCUCUAAUGAGAAUAAAAUGACGGAACCAGAAGUGGAAAUGGCUGACGAUUCAUUUGCGGAUGGUGAUCUAAAAGAGCACAAUAUAAUAGACAGUGUGACUUACGUUUACGGAUUUCAGAACUGCCAUGACGUCAAGAACGAAUGGUUGGUUUUGAUAUUUGUCACAAGUGGACUCGCCAUUGCAUUGCCAGUGGCAGCAAUUAUUUGGUUGAUUUGGAGCAAGUAUGCAGCUGAAUUCAGAAGCAAUAGCAAAUUGUACCCGAUCGUUAUUAACCUAUGCAGCUGUUUGAUAGCUUGUACACUAAUAUACAUACAGGCUGUAGUGGGAGCGUCUUCACCUUCUCAAUGCGAGAAAAUUGCGUUGGUUUUGCAUUACACUCAUAUAUCUUGCGCCAUGUGGAUCGUCGCUUUAGCGGCUGUUGUUACUGAGUAUUGCGUUUGUGACACACUGUUACCAUUGAAGUAUAUUUAUUUAUUGGCCUACGGCAUUCCAGGUAUCAUUGUGAUGUUCAAUUACGCGUUAUCAAUGGAACAUUACGAAAUUAAACAUUACUGCUGGAUGUCUAUCGAAAAAGGAAUGGUAAUGGGCUUUAUGGUACCAGUGACGAUCUUGAUUGUAAUAAACACUGGAGUUAUUAUCGUUGGGUUAAAAAGCGUAAAUCAAAAGCACACGGAAAUGAUGACCGCUAAAAUUCAAGAACUUGUUGACCAUCAUUUUGCUAACUGGCCUAAAAAUGUCGAAGAAAACGGGAGUGGAAGUUUAGAAAACUUCGAUAAUAUGUACACUCCUGGUAAUAGCCGCAAAAAUACGGACAGUUCUGAUACGUUGGAGAAGGAAUACAAUUACAAUGAAGACGAUUGCAACUACGUGAAUAUGGGCUCAUCGAGCAAUGAUAUUAAUGACGGAAGAGAGCCCAAUAUGGAUAAGGGCUUACUAAACAUGCUGUUUAUGGACAACGUAUCAUGGAAAUGGAGCUGGAACACUGAAGGCAAUGAAUUGAAGACAUAUCUUAACCUAUGCCUUAUUUUGGAGCCAUUUUUCGCGAUUAACUGGAUGAUGGGAGUUGUUGCUAUCGAAAAUGCUACUCAUUGGUCUACGCCGACUAUUUAUCUCAUACUGGUCGUAUCUAUGCAAAUCUACUUCGUGGUCACCAUUUGCACCACUUUGCCGAUUGUUCGCGCCAAGACUCCACCACCAGCGCCCUGCUGUGAAGAAGUCGCCGUUGAACCGACCAUCGCACGAACUAAAACUACGGACAGCAUUCCACUCCUGGACCCGGGCAUUCAGCAUGCCAUCGUGACUCCGGCACCGGCUGACACCAUAAGCACGAUCAGUAUUUAAAUCGAGGAAAAAGAUACUAAAUGGGAAUAUCAGUGGAAAUAAUAUUCUGCCAAUACUCAUUGUUUAGUUUCUAAGCUCGAACGUGUUUCCGGCGGCCAUUAUUUUUGGCGGUAAUUCGAGUCAAAGGAGCUUUCACGGUCAUUAUACCUACUUAUAUAUUGUGCUUAAAUAUCUUUCUAAAGGCAUACGGGUUAAAAUGAAAUUUUCGAUUCAAAUGCGUUCUUCACAAGCUGUUAAUAAAUCCCAGAAAUUCUGAUGCUUGAAAAACGUAUAUAAAACUGGCAGCGUCCUGUAUUUUUUUACUUUUAACUAUCUUUCGUCGUAGAAUGAACUUUCGAGACAAUACAACAAUAAAUUACAGGGACAAGCGCGUUCAUAAUACAAAGUUGUAUUAAUUUAAUUAUGACUAAAACCGGCAAGAUAUCGUUGACUCGAAUUCGUCAACGUACAUAAUAAACGUUCAAGCGGCCUGUUAUUUAGCGCUUUUGGCUAAAAUUAAAAGUAGAAAAUAUCUUUCAUAAAAUUUAAAACAUGAAACAGUUUGACUGUUUAAAUGCGUAAAAACUUAAACCUUAAAAACUUCUUAAUAAAAACUUACGUAAAUGUUGUAGAUAUUACGAUGGCGGGAAAAAACGUUUAAUGCAAUACUCUAAAGAAUUACAAAAGCUGGAUGCAUUUUAUUAAUUUUUUUUUUUUCAUGAACUGGAAAUCUCCAAUGUAAUAAUGUCUACUUUUGCGUUCUGCAAUGAAUUAUCUGUUGAUAUGAAAUUAUGUUUGUAACCUAAAACCACAGACUCAAUUAGAUAAACAUUUUCAAGGAAUAUAGUAUAUAAUACAUCCUGGAGAAUACAAUAAACAAAGGAUUUCCAGGGAAUUAAUACCACAACCGAAAUGAAUGCGAAAAAAUCUCAGGAUACAGCUUGUGUAUUUAUUAUGAAUUGUAAUAUUAUACAUAAUCAAGUAAAGUUUUUGAGACAUGGAAAAAUUUAACUCUUAUUACAAAAAACAUGGAAAUUACAAAAAAAAUCGCCGUUCGCUUUUGGCGGGUUUAAUAUUUCAAUUCCAAGUCUUGGAACACAAGUUUGGCCAAAGUUUGGAGUUUUAAAAUUUUAAUGUUACAGUGAUGUAAAUUUAAAUAAGCAUUACUUUUUUAAAUAACAAUCUGCUAAUUUUAUGAUUAAAAUAAUCUUUUUUUUUUAAAUAAAGCAUCAUAUUGUGCCCAAUAAUGGAAUUGCUUAGGAAUUAAUUACUUAUUACAUUUUUUAAUAGUUACCUAACCUCUUCGUUUAUUCAUAAGUAGUAUAUAGUGUUACAUAAUAUAAAAGAAAUAUAUAUGUAUAUAUAAUAUGUACUUUACUUACUUUAUAUCAAUAAAAUAAUUGAUAUAAGAAAAGUAAUAAAGUUUUCUCACUCUACUGUUUAAAUACUGUCGCCAAAACUAUUGUUGAAAAAGUACUUAAAUAAGGCAAUGGGUAGGAACAAAGAUUUUAACUUUUAUGUUAUCGCCCUCGCCUUUAAUUUCUCAUAAGCAAAAUGUUUUUCGCGUCAAAUAAGUGAGUUGAGAGUUCGCUCAAUAAGAAGCGAUAAGAUAAAAUUUAAUUGUAUUUUAUUGACAAACCAAAAUAUAUAUUAUCACUAUUUUUGUUAAAAUUUGGUUUGAUGUUGGAACACCGAAAUAUAAAUAUAGUUUCUGACAUUUUGUGAUUAAAACACUACGAUUAACUUAAGAAAAAAAAAAAUCCUUCCGCAGAAGCAUAGACUUUAAUCUGGACUAAAAACUUUUCUUGUAUGUUGAUAAAGGUAGGUUUUCUACAGAUUCUUAAACCGAUUUAAUAUUGAUAACUUUUUUCACCUAUGAACUUAUACUACUAGAGUAGCCGUAACUUUCAUGCCGUAAGUAGAUAUGCCCUAUUAUACUUACCAGCGUAAUAAAUGAUGUUUAAAAAGACAGGUAGACAUAUUUUGUUUUAUGCUUAAUAGCCUACCUGAACUGUUUCUAUUCUACUUAUUAUGUUUAAUUCACUGUGUACUAACAUAACAUGUGUAAAUUAUUAUUAUAUUAUAUUAUACUUUACGAUUUAGCACUACGCUAUGUAACUCAAAAACCAAGAGUUUUUCACUCUUGAAGCGCAUUUUUGUGUGUAGCAGUUUUCCGCAGCUUCGUAUCAGUAAUAUUUUGUCCGGUGAGACUAAUUUCCUAGGCAUACAUCAACCGGUCCUCAAAAGUUAUCACCUAAGAGUUGGUGAAAUUUUGCAGUAAUACAAUUUUUUUUUUUCAUCUUGUAGGCAAGCGCGUCUCAUCUUAGGCCACAUCUACACUUUCCAUCAGGUGGUCAAGCGCUAGUCUAAUAAUACAUUUGAAAAAAAAACCGUAAAAACGCCUUGUAGUAAAAACUUUUUUUGCGUUUCGUAUCCCAUCUUUAACUUAGCCAUCUAGGUACAAACUUUCCUAAAACUAAGAAAAGAUUAUGCAUCAAUAGAUUUUUUAGUAAAAUAUGUUAAGCGAUAAAAACUGGUGCACAUCUAUAGGCGGGGGAACGUAUAAUAUUUGACGCCACGCAUGUUUAGUUUGGUCAAAGAAACUUGAAAGUAUGAACGUUUUUAAUAACAAAACAGCUUUUAUUUUGUAUUAUCCAAACCAACGUAUAGGUAUAUUAAAUAUGUAAAUUACAUUGUUUCUUUUAUUUACUGAUAUUAUAAAAUUUUAUUGUAUUUUCAAUACAAUAAAAUUUUAAUACACAAUGACCUUGUUGAUUUCGCUUUACAAUAGUGACCCAAUUAUUCUGUUUAUGUCCAAUAUUCAUUAGUAAAUAUUUAAGUUUGGUGCAUAAGAAGCAUACUAUACCGAGUGUACGAGAGGCGCGGGGCGACGGCGGUGUCAAUUCAACCAAGUUGUUUCAUGCUGCAGAACGGAAUUUGCGAUUACGUACUUUAUUAAAUCAGCUGCUUCGAAAUGCACGAUUAAAUGUCUUAUUUUUUAUUAGUGCUAUAAUAAACUUAAAUUAUUUGGAAUAUUGUUUUGUAGAUCGGAUGGAUUUUAUGGAUUGUCGCUGCUUGACGAUAAAAAGUUAACUGUGUAAUAUUUUGCUAUAAAUAAAGGUUUCCACCCGCUGCUGUAUGUGCACUAGUCCUUAUAAAAAAUAAAAAAAAAGUUUUUUAAAUUAUUGUUGUUAAAAUAAUAAUAUAGUAUAGUCACAGUAAUUGUGAUAGUUAUAAUAGUUCGCUGUGAUAGCAAUGGAGUUGCCACAGAGUUUUAUUAAAUGUUUUCAUUACUUC